AUGAGUAACGACCUCGACGACCUCGUAGACUACUCACACGAGGACGAAGUUCCAGAUCACGAGAUGGAGAGCGUGAGCGGCCAGGCAGAACACGAGACCGAGCCCGACCUCGACGAGCCGCCUACGGACAAUGAGCUGCGCCUCGCCGCCCGUGUCCUCGAGCUCGAGAGUGAGCGUGACCGUCUAGCCGUCCAGCUGCACGACCUCGAGUCCCAGUAUCCUGCGCAUUCAACCACCAUCCCCGUCCCCGACUCGGCCGAGCCGAUCUACGUCCCCCCCGCGCUCAUUCCCGUCCUCUCCCUUCUGCGCGACCACAUCCAGGAGCUGGCGCGCGACAGCGCCGCACUCCGGUACACGUUCCUCGGACCCAACCGCCUCUCUCCAGGAAGUAGCAUCGCCACGACACCACUCAGCGUCGACUCGCCCCAGACAGCCGACCCAACCACGCUACCCCUCGCCCUUCCCGUCCCUUCUACGGGGCUGGGUCCUCCGCGCUCCGUCUCCGUGGCGCCAACCGAGCCCGCCAGCGUCGACCUCGCGGCAGUCGUGGAGCGCGUCCGGACACUGAUUCUUGAGAACGACGAGCUCGGCGACAUGGUAGCAGAAGCGGGCCGCGUCGACGGCGAAGAGUGGUUGCGCACACUCGACGAGUCCAAGGCCAUGAUUGCGUCCCUGGAUGCCGACCUCACCAACAACCUGGUGGUGGUGGGCAGCUUGCGCGCGGAGCUCGACUCAUACAAGGAGCGCUUUGGACCGCUUGAUGGACCAGGCCGGUCUACGCCGGCCGAGCGUGGCGAGAGGGCGCCGCGCGGUGGACGGAACGCGCGCCGCAACGGGCGGCAGGACGACCUGUACCGGCCUGCGAGUGGGGAUGGGCAGCGCGAGCGUGAACGCGACAGGAGCGAGCGGGGCGAACGAGGCGAGCGGAACUAUGACAGGGGAGAACGCGAGCGACCACGUGGUGGCGGAGGUGGUGGUGGCGGAGGAGGUCAAGGACGCCGGUGGGAGGGUAAGGACAAGGACAAGGACAAGGACAAGGACGGCAAGGACGGCAAACCCUACGGCAUGUCCAUACUUGGGCGCGCGAACGCUGAGGGGUAUCGUCGCGGGAGCGAUGGAAGCGGCGAGGCGCGGCGGGACGAUGACGGAUCCAGCAAGCGCAGGCGCUAG